AUCGGAAUACUCGUCAGAGAAAUUUCAAACGGAGUGGCGGCCGGUAGUGCGGGUCUUUUCCAGUCCCAUUUCAGCGUCGUUAUGGCGGAGGAAGGCGCUGUCACGGUCUGCGUGCGGGUUCGGCCGCUUAUCAGCAGAGAACAAGCUCUUGGAGAUGCUACACAGCUUCACUGGAAGACUGAAGAUAGACUCAUUUCUCAAAUAGAUGGAACAAGAUCCUUUAGUUUUGAUCGUGUAUUUCAUUCUAAUGAAACUACAGAAAAGGUAUUUGAAGAAAUAGCAGUACCAAUUAUUCGUUCUGCCAUACAAGGUUACAAUGGUACAAUAUUUGCAUAUGGACAGACUGCUUCAGGAAAAACCUAUACAAUGAUGGGUUCAGGAGAUAGUUUGGGUGUAAUACCUAAAGCAAUUCAUGAUAUUUUCCAAAAAAUUCAGGAGAUUCCUGAAAGAGAAUUUCUAUUACGUGUAUCCUAUAUGGAAAUUUACAAUGAAACCAUAACAGAUUUGCUCUGUGACACCAGGAAAAUGAAACCUUUAGAAAUUCGGGAAGAUUUCAAUAGAAAUGUGUAUGUAGCUGAUCUCACAGAAGAGGUGGUCUCCACCCCAGAACUGGCUCUGCAGUGGAUCAAGAAAGGAGAGCGGAACAGGCACUAUGGGAAAACAAAAAUGAAUCAGAGAAGUAGUCGUUCCCAUACAAUUUUCAGAAUGAUAUUGGAAAGUCGAGAAAAAGGUGACCCUUCAAACUGUGAUGGAGCUGUCAUGGUGUCUCAUUUGAAUCUUGUUGAUCUUGCAGGCAGUGAAAGAGCCAGUCAAACCGGAUCUGAAGGACUUCGACUCAAAGAAGGCUGCAAUAUUAAUAGGAGCUUGUUUAUAUUGGGACAAGUGAUCAAAAAACUUAGUGAUGGACAAGCUGGUGGUUUCAUAAACUAUCGAGAUAGCAAACUGACUCGAAUUCUCCAGAAUUCUUUGGGAGGAAAUGCAAAAACACUUAUUAUCUGCACUAUUACACCAGUCUCUCUUGAGGAAACACUUAGUACACUUCAGUUUGCCAGCACUGCUAAAUAUAUGAAAAACACACCUCAUGUUAAUGAGGUAUUGGAUGAUGAAGCCCUCUUGAAAAGAUAUCGGAAGGAAAUAAUAGAUUUGAAAAAACAACUGGAGGAGGUUUCUUCAGAAACUCGUGUCCAGGCAAUGGAGAAAGAUCAGUUGGCCCAGCUUUUAGAAGAAAAAGACUUGCUUCAAAAAGUACAGAAUGACAAAAUUCAGAAUUUAACACAAAUGUUGGUGACCUCCUCCUCUAUCACAAUACAGCAGGAUCUGAAGGCCAAAAGAAAACGAAGAGUUACUUGGUGCCCUGGAAAAAUGAACAAAAUGAAAGACAUUGGCUACAUGGAUGACUUUGAUAUAACCAAGACCCUUGUAGCCAAAUCAGUCAAGCCUGCUCUACCUAUCAUAGCAGACACUGAUGAAUCUAUGUGUUCAGAGUUUGAUAUUUUCAGUAAUACUCUUGAAACAAUAUCUGAGAUGGAAUGGAAUCCGGCAACAAAGCUAAAUCAGAUUCAGGAACAAGAUUUAUUGGAUUCAGUUCAACUUUGUGAAACAAUCAUAUUAGAAAAGGAGAAUGUACAGAGCGAGUUGAAUUCCCUGCGUGCUAACUUUGACAAUCUGGUAUUAGAUUAUGAACAACUCCAAAUCAAAAAUGCAGAAAUAGAACAGAAGUUAAAUGAAAAGCUUGAGUUAGAGGAAUUUGUGACUCUAGAAAUGCAAAGCAUAAAGGAGCAAGAGAGUGAACAGAAUUCAAAAUCACAGUUGCUGAAAGAAAAGGAAGAACAAAUCAAGGAGAAAUUUUUAGAAUUACAACUGAUAAAAAAGACAAUGGGAGAUGGUGAGAAAAUAUAUGAAGAACUAAAGCAUUUGAAACAGUCUCUCUGCGAUACUGAAACCAUAGCCCUGGAUGCCCAGAAAGAAACAGCAUUUCUUAAAUGUGAGAACCUAGAGCUGAAAGAAAAAAUGAAAGAACUUUCAAGUCAAUGCAAGCAACUGGAAAAAGAUAAUCAUCUAUACCAAAGUCAGUUGCAAGAGAGAAGAGACAGUUCCAAAAGAAGGCAAGCUGAUCUAGAGAAAGAAUUGCAGUCGGCUUUUAGUGAAAUCACAAGGCUGACUUCCAUUAUUGAGGGCAAAUAUCCAAAAGAUGUGCUCCUUACUGUGGAAUUGGAAAGAAAAGUUAAAGAUCUCCAAAAAGACCUGGAUAAAGCAAUCAAAGAAAAUGCAACUUUGCAAAAAGAAAUUAAUACACUAUCUGAAUUGAAGUCUUUACCUACUGAGCUAGAAAUACUGAAGAAAGAGAGACUUGAAAAAUCUGAAGAGCUGAAUUUGAUAAUAGCAGAAAAGGAUAAACUUAGGGCUGAAAUCAUGUACAAGGACAACAGGCUCCAAGAACUACUUGAUGAAAUUGAGAAAAGCAAAGAGGAGCUAGCAGCAGCCCAGGCAACUCAUCAAACCACCACUCAGGAGUUCCAGGAUUUCAAACAAUACCAUGGAGAGUUUGAGCAAAAUUAUUUUACUGUUCUUGAAGAGAUUGAGAAAAUGAAGCAUCAAAUUAGAACUGUAUCCGUAGAAGCUCAUGAAAUUGCUUUGGAUUUUGAUGAUUUGGUUAGUGAGCCAACCAAAGAGCCUCCUCCAGAAGUCCAACAGAAAGCCACUGAAGGAGAGAAACUCCUUGAGGUGAGAGAACAACUUUGUAAGGCUCAGCAGAAGUUGGAAGAGCGACUAAGUGGCAGGAGAUCCAGUCUGAGGACCUCAGAGGAGGAGACGCAAUUCCUUCCCAAGAGCCUUCAUGAGCAUCUCCAGAGCACAGAUAAAGGCACCCAGGAGGAACUGAGGAAUUAUUCUGAGUCCCACAAAUGUCAGGAUACCAAGGACUCCUCCAGCAUGCCCACAAGACUGUCAGAAGAAUCAGGUGUUAAGGGAAUUCAAGAAGAAGCACUUGAUGAGUUGCAAGGAAAGACUGUGAAGCUGAAUGAAGGACAAAAUUUGGAGUCUCCAAGAAACCUAGUGCCUCUCCCAGACUAUGAAAAGGACAAUGAAUUACUUCAACAACAAAGAAAGAUUUCCUCCUUAAUACAGGAAAAAAAUCAGCUGCAGCAAAUGCUAGAGUGUGUCACAGCCGAAAAGAAUCAAUUGAAAACUGAUCUCGAGGAAAAUAUUGGAAUGAGUAUUGAAAAUCAAGAAGAAUUAAGAAAUAUUGGAGCAGCACUUAAAAAGCAACAAGAGGCAGUCCUCAAAGAAAGGAGGAAGACUGCCGAGAAAGAAGGAGAGCUUGUAAGGACUCAGGAGAGAUUGGCAGAUACUGAGGAAAAACUCAAUAAGAAGAUCCAAGAACUUCAAGAAAAAGAAAACCAGAUGUUGAAUGUUAGAAAAGAAGUCAUUGAGGCUCAGGAGAAAGUGAAUGAGAUGGAGCAAAUAAGGAACCAAUUAGAAUCCAAAAAUUCUACCCUGGAGAGGGUAGAAAUAGAGAACCUGAAGCUGGCUCAGAAACUCCAGGCUAGUUUAGAACAAACGUCAUCAAUAACCCAAGAAAUAAAUGAGUUCAAGAAGACACAGGUGGCUCUCCAAUUAGAGAGAGAUCAACUAAAAGAAAAUAUCAAAGAAGUUGUAACUAAGGGCCUGGAAACACAAGAAGAACUAAAAGUUGCUCAGACAUGUCUGAAGGAACACCAAGAGACAAUUGAUAAACUGAAAGAAAGAAUUUCUGAGAAGAUGGCUCAAGAGAUUCAAGAACAUCAGGCAAAACAAGCACAUAUAUUUAAUGUCAGAGAGGAAGACAAUAAGGCUCAAGAAAAAAUAAAGGAAAUGGAACAAUUAAAGGAGCAAUUAAUAUCCAAAGAGUCUACCCUGGAGAGGAUUAAUUUGGAAAACCUGGAAUUGGCUCAGAAACUCCAAGCCAGUCUUGAAGAAACCACCUCUUUGGCAGAGGAGAGAGAUGAACUGACAAAGACACUGAUGACUCUCCAAGAAGAGAGCCAUCAACUGAAACAGAACAUAACAGAACUUGAAGCCAAGGGUCUGGAAACACAGGAAGAACUUAGAAUUGCUCAAAUGGGUCUGAAGGACCACCAGGAGACAAUUGACAGAUUAAAAGAGUGUGUUUCAGAGAAGGUGGCUCAAGUGUCAAAGAAUCAAGAAGCUUUUGAGAAAACUAAAGCUGAGCUGCAGGAAAAGAUUCAAGAGCUUCAGGAGAAAAAGGAGCAAGUUGUUAAUGUCAGAGAAGAAAACAGUGAGGUGGAGGAAAAAGUGAUUGAGAUAGAACAGUUAAAAAAACAACUGAAAACCAAAGAGUGUACUCUGGAGAGGAUAGAAAUGGAAAACCUGGAAUUGGCUCAGAAACUCCAAGCCAGUCUUGAAGAAACCACCUGUGUAGCCAAGGAGAGGGAUGAACUGACAAAGAUACAGGAGGCUUUUUACAUAGAGAUGGAACAGCUGAAAGAAACCAUAAGGGACCUCACAACUAAGGGUCAGGGAACCCAAGAAGAACUCAAAUUUGCUGAGAUUUGUCUAAAGGGGCACCAAGAAACAAUUGAUAAACUGAAAGGAUGCAUUUCAGAGAAGACAGCUCAAGUAUCAGAGAGCCAAGAAAUUUUAGAGAAAACCACUGCUGAACUGCAGGAAAAGAUCCAAAAGCUUCAAGAAACAGAAGAGAUGCUUCUUAAUAUGAAAAGAGACAUGAACAAGACUCGGCCACAAAGACAGUCGCUCCAUCAGUUGGAGGACCAGCUAAAGAGCAUGAGUAACACGUUGUCUGUGGCUGAGGCAGAGAAACUGAACCUGACUCAGAAACUGGAUUCGUGCCUCAGUGAAAUGAACACUGUCAUCAAGGAGAGAGAUGCCCUGAAGGAGACUGAGAAGGCUCUCCAAACAGAAAUAAGUCACCUGAAAGAAAGCCGAAAGCAGAUCGGCACGGCGAACCAACAGAAACCAAAAGAACUAGUAAAAAUGGAAGCAACCGCAAGAAAGGACAUCAAACAACACCCUAUUGAAAGUCUUAAAGAAAAAUGCUCAAAGAUAAAUGAACUUCAGAAGAAAUAUACUAUGAUGGAAAAUCGCUGUGGGUUCCUGAGCAAACUCUCUGUUGACUUGAAAAAGGCAUUUGAAAGCCAAAAUGAGCUCCAGGUCAAAGUUCGUGCAUCCCUCUAUCAUACCCCUCAGUUAACUAAAGCUGUUGAAAAAAUUCUAGCCAGCAACCGUCGCUGUAAUAACGAUCUCCACUCCAGCAGCACGUGCAUACUAAGGAAACUGGAGGGUGUGUUAAAGCGUGUUGUAGGCCUAAGGAAGGAACAUCACACUACUGUCAACAAAUUUCAAAUGGACUUGAUUAGGGAAGCAGAAAGGCAGAAUGAACUACUUGUUAAAACACAGCAUCUUCAACAACAUUCUCAAGGAGGAUCCCUGGAAUCAAGUGGCUACAAAUUGAGCCAAAAAAUGAAUCUACAUGUGGAGCAAAUUCUCAAGGAUGUUUCAGAAACACAAAAUGACGUCCACAACAUGAUAGCUGAAUUCCAACAAUUGUUAAAUGCCAAGAAAGAAAUUAUCUUGUUCCUGGAUGUGUGCUUAAACACACAUUUUGAUGUAGAAUGCCUUAAAAAAGUAAUACAGGAGGAGAAUGACAGAAUUGUUAAUGUGAAUAACUCGUAUUGUAAUAAAAUAAAGGCUAUUAUAAAUGAAUCCUCUGAGUUUGAAGACAAAAGUAUUAUUGAAUGUAAAGAGUGGGAACAUGAAUUGAGACAAAUGAAGGAAGAGAAUGAAGAACUUGUAAAGAAGUUACAAACUACACAGACACCCCCUACAGCUCUGAAUGACUUGGAUGCUCUUAGUGAAGGAGAAAAGAAGCAUGACCUUAAAUUGAGGCAUACAGGACGAACCACAAAGGAAACUCAAGAAAGUCCAUUUUAUGAAGACAAAGAAAACAAUCAUAAGCAAGAGGAAAUUGAUCCAAUGCAGAAAAGCCUGGAAGUGGCUAAAGUUAUGAGGAACAAACACCUUCAAAGUCAACCAUUGGCACAAAGUCCUCAAGAUGCCAAAGCAACUUUAGGUGCUGUGUUCAGUAAAGAAAUUGAUGAUCUCAAGAUGAAGUUGGUGAAAUUGAAUAUGGAAAAGAUGAAUGAGUCCAAGAAGUUUGAAAAAGAAAUUGCUUCUAAAACUGCCAUAAUAGAACAUAACGAGGAAAUUAUAAGCCAGCUGAAGGAGAGGCUUAGAAGAGCUCAACAAUGCAACGAUACCUCAAUGUCAGAAGCACCUGCUCCUGCUCCGGUCUCGCACACACCACUGACGUGUGGAGGCGGCAGCGGCAUCGUCCAGAGCACAAAAGCCCUCAUUUUAAAGGCAGAUCGUGUGAGGCUCGAGAGAGAGAUUUUGAAGUUAAAGCAGCAGAAUGAAUAUCUGACAAACCAUCAAAGUCAGCUGUCGAGCAACAAUUUUCAUCUUGUCAGAGAAGUCAAAAAAUGGAAAGAGAGAGCCCUUAAAAAGGAAGCCCAAGAAGUUCCUCGUGUCCAUUCUCCAAAAUCUCCCAGACUGGCUGAAGCUACCCCGCUUAAGAGACAGUGCACAUCACCUCUGUAUAAAGAGCAGGUUUCGCAGGAAACCAGACCCAAGGAUUCACCCAAACCGUGGGCAUUUGAUGGACGGUCCAAGUCUCUACCAGUCACUUGUCUUAAUAAUUACUUUGAUAACUCCGGCCUAGGCCUACUCCCAGAAGUAGCUUUCAAUUCUGCAAAUGAUCCUACAAAAGAAGCACAGAUUCCAAGAGUGGAAAAUAGUGGUUCUUUACUGGAUCAGUGGCAGGCCUCUUCAGGAAAAGAUGCACCUGAAUGUAGAACCCAAUAAUCUUCUCACUUUUAUGGAUCAUGAACAUUGCACAUUCUUCAGGAUACUUCAAUGAUUUGGGCCUCAGUCAUUCUUCCCACUGCAAUCAGAGUUUAGUCCAGCUUUCUUUGUUUCCCUCACUGUGCCACUAAUAUCGCUGUGCAAAAGAAUAGGAAAGAAGGCACUAGCUUGGCAGAAAACUGAUCCGAAGGAUAGCAAAACAUUACAUGCUUACUUCGUUCUCAAGUGCUGGAAUCCUUUUGAAAGAGAUUUCAUUAAAAGGUAGCUUCUAUGAAAUGCAAAAUUAUGACAGAAAUUCCUUAGGCUGACCAGAGGAAAAAUGACUUAAUUUAUAUGGUCAUCAUUUUAAUCUGUAUAUCUUAAAUGUACACAUGUAAAAUUGUUAUAUACCCAUUUUUUUCCUUUUGUAUUAUACAAUUUCUUCUUCUAUUACCUUCCCUACUGUAAUCUCUGUGAUGGCAGGAAUUGUGUCUUAAUUCUUCUUUGUAUCCCCCACAUAAUGUGGUAUUAAUAAUGUGGUAUUAGGAGCUACUCAAUAAAGACUAAUCAACAGAUGA